AUGAUCAAGAACGUCUCAGCCAGCUCUACUACAAGGCCUGGGAUGCUCCCAAGUGCCGACAGCAUCACUGAGCGCUCGCGAAAGUUUUACGAUGGAACAUACACGUGGGAUUCCGAAGGCUUCACCGACGACAUGGGAGUAUAUCGCACUUUUGACUGCUAUGACCCGGAUGCGCGAGCUCCAACACCACUACCUCCUAUGUUUUUGAGCGAUGAUGAAGGAGACGAGGUGCUGCAAUGUGGCGCUGGCGCCAGCAUAGAGACUCUUGCAUUGGCACCAGACGUUGAAAACGAAGGAAUCAUAGCAACAGCACGCUGCGAUGAAUCGUCUCGUGGUCAUGCCGAUAAAAAGAAUUUCAUCGGAGAGAAAGACGGGGCCUUGCAAGACACUAUCACACCACCUGCUAGUCCCGCGGUUAAGAAACCCGCUACAGCUAGAGUCGGGAACAAGCACCGCAAUCCCAUAACGCCUCCAAAAGACGUCAAGUCAAAGGUUCAGACUCCUUCGCCCUCGUCUUCGGGUCUCUCAGACUGCCCGUCGGAUCUAUCUGAGUGGGACGUAGGCCUUCCGGUAAGUAUUCAUGCUAAUAGCAUAACCUUUUGUGGCACUGCUGAGAAAGGUUUAGAAUCUGAGUCAAAAGAAGACUAUAAAGACGAGCAAACUGCAAGAGUCUCCUCUGAAAGAGAAAAAGUCAAGAGUUUCGACUCGAGGGGUUGCACAGAAGGUUAA